AUGUAUAGUUUAUAUAGAGCUUGGUUCGGUGACAGCGUUACGCCAGACAAUUAUUCAAGACUUCAAGAAACUUUAUCGCCACCUGACACAGUGGUCAGAGUGGGAAACGAAGGAGAGCAUCAGUUUGUCGCUCACAAAGGUGUUCUGGCCGCUCAUAGCGGAUAUCUAAAAGCUUUGCUAACUAGCGCACCGACGACACCUAAUCAAGGUGUUAACACGAAUAUUACAUCUUGUACUAACUUGCCAACCACUGCUGCAAUCGCGGUGACUACUACCAAUUUGUCGGGACCAUCGCAACGACAGCCUGUCACGUCUGUCUCGGUUUCGUCCAUUGGUGGAGAAGCAUUCGCGCCAUUAUUGAACUACAUGUAUACGGGUAGGUUGGAGGUAACAUUGGAUAACGUGUACAGCGUGCUAUUGGCCACGCAUUUGCUGCACAUGCCAGGGGCACUGGAGCAAUGCAGGGCUGCUUUACUAAGGCUGAGGGCACCGCCGCCUUUGCCAACGCCGAUACCGGUACCAGCAGGCCCGACGUCGACGUUGACGUCGACCUCCAUAUCCACGUCGACGCCAGGCUCGGGAAAUAUACUCAGACCUAUACCAAACAGGCUGAUGAUAGAUCCAAGCAUAUGCUGGCCACCGACAGCGCCUCUUUAUCCACCAACAGCACCUGUACCCUCGUCUAUCGGUAUUCCACAUUUACCUCAACUGCAACCGUCGGUGCUAAUGCAAUCGACCGUUCCACUCGGCGUUUCCGUCGCCCCGACCUCCAGCGUCCAAGAAACGCAUAGCUCGACGGCUUAUAGAGAAGUUUUAUCGCCAAAAUCAUCAGUCUUCAAAAUCGAACGAAAUCGGGGCCUACGAGUGGACUGUAGACCAAAAUCACCAGAGAACGUGUCCUCCAAUUCCUUGCCCUUUGUGGCAGCAGCAGCAGCUGCAUUUACCACUUUCACCACCUCUAACGUUGCCACAUCGACACGAACGUCGUCGCCUUGUCAAUCGAUUUCACCUACGCCGUCCUCCGCUUCUCAAUCCUCGGUACCACCGUGUCAAAACAAAAAGAUAACGGAACAGCAGCGUCAAUCUACAGAAGAACACCGUUACGAACAUCCAAAUUCGAGCAACAACGAGCAACAACAUCGAUCUCCACCUCUGACACCUGUGGAAGACACGGCAAUGCCUCGAAACAGUGACAGAAAUAUCGAAUCAACGUCGAUCAGCGAGGACGAUCGAGGAAGAUCUAGACGAAGAGGACGCGGUUCCAAUAGGGCAAACGAUAGUUCUUCCGGUGUUUUAUCAGUGGUUUACGACGUGGCUUGUUGCGAUGGUCCAGUCAAGUUCCAUCGAGUGUUGAAUGAAAAUUACUCGUCAACAGCCUCGUGUGGGUCUAGUUCUGUACUACAACCGCGUUUACAGAGGCCGUGUUUUGAACCAGAAAACGCAUCUGGCGAAAAUGACGAAAACGGAGGACCAACGGCUGUUAGAACUGCUUGCGACCAAAUCGAGUCUGCAAUGGAUACGGGCAACAGCAGCGGAAGCUACACUUGCCGAUACUGUAGGCACACUUUUAAGUCGCAGUAUUGUUACAGAAAACAUACCAAGAGGCAUUUGUUGCCGACAAGAGCAAACGAUCCGACUGGAAAUAGACAGAGGCAGGAUACAGAGGCUCGAAAUAGAAGAGAAGUUCGAUUGUUGGAUUUAAAUGUUCAGUAUUAUCCGUGUAAGAUCUGUGGAUGCAAAUUCCCGAGCUAUUAUUUUGUACAUAAACACAGGAAAUUGUGCCAUGCGAAUACGGAGGAGAGAACGCAGUCCGACGAAGCUAAUAGCACAGCUACCGAGGAUCAAGAGUCGACUACUUCAACGACGAAUAACGACAGACAAUGAAAUUGAACAGUUAUUUAUGGUUUGUUGAAGUGGGUUGGACGAGAUGUUAAAUGAAUGAAAAUCGAAGCGAAGAUAAUUUCAAUAAAUCCGUAGUUGAUUAAAAACACUUACCUAUUUCAAUGAAAAACGGGAUGUUCGUGUCUUGUAGAAGCAAAUUGAAUGUAGUGGAAACGUUAAGCGAAAAUAAAUGAAGAUAAAUAAUUUUAACAUAUCACAAAUUGCUUAAGCGGACUGGUCAAAUAACAUAGAAUAAAUUACUUGCGUUUCGUAGAAGUAACCUGAAUUAAGUAAAGAUCAAAGUGAAAUUAGAUGAAUACAGUUAGAUAAUGUUAAUACAUUAGCAAUUGACAUUUCGUCAAAUAGG